CACCUGUCCAGAGAUUCGAGUACACUCACCUGAGCCACCAGCCUACCAGUACCCCAACACAAACACACAGUCUACGCAGGAUCGAAGAUGGCGGCGUCGUGCCACGACGUGGACGUGCCGGGGAAGCCGACGGAGACGGGGACGGCGCUGCUGGAGACGGCGACGGGCGCCAUCCAGGGGUUCGCGCCGAUCAACCAGAUCCACCAGCACCUCUGCGCGUUCCACUUCUACGGGGACGACAUGACGCGGCAGGUGGAGGCGCACCACUUCUGCGCGCACCUCAACGAGGACGUGCGGCAGUGCCUCAUCUUCGACGGGCCGGAGGCCGGCGCGCGCCUCAUCGGCCUCGAGUACAUCGUCACCGAGGAGCUGUUCCUCACGCUGCCCGACGAGGAGAAGCCGCUGUGGCACACCCACGAGUUCGAGGUCAAGGGCGGCGUCCUCUUCAUGCCCGGCGUCCCCGGCGUCGUCGAGCGCCGCGACCUCGAGCAGGUCGCCAGGACAUACGGCAAGACCGUCCACUUCUGGCAGGUCGACCGCGGCGACGCCCUCCCGCUCGGCCUCCCGCAGAUCAUGAUGGCGCUCACCCGCGAGGGCCAGCUCCGGCAGGAUCUCGCCGACUGUGUGGAGAAGAAGUUCAGCGUGUCGUUCCAGAAGGAGAGGGAGAACCGGGCGUACAUGAGCGGGCCGGCGCACGGCAUCCACCCGCUGGCCAAUGCUGCUGGCAAGGGCUUGAAGACGGAGAUCCGCGAGGUUGAUCUUCCGGCUGCCAAUACUGGAGCCAGGAUUUUCACCUGAUCUGCCCGUGGCGUGCGUACGUGUCUGCGAGAUGGGUGUAUGAUAGCUGGAGAUAGGGUAGUUAAUAAAGUGUCAACUACCCUUUGUUUCGCCUCUUGGAAAUGGAGUGCUCGAAGAAUGAGUUACGAAUGACAGUAUAGGCAGCGCCGGAGGGAGGAACCGUGUAUCUAGACUUAGAAGGGGCCAAAUGAAACCAUCUUCCACUCAAAGAUAUUGUUUUAUUUUUAAAAA